AUGAAAACGGAAGAGCGGCACUUUGCGGAGGCUUGUGCAGAGCAGUUCCAGACUGUUGCUCGCAGGUGGAGAAUUGAGGAGAAGGUGACAACAGUAGGCAUGGACAGUGCGCGCAAUAUGAUCGCCGCCGCUCGCAUCAUGCCAUUCAAUCACAUGCCGUGUACCGCGCACAUUCUACAGAGAUGCAUCACAGUGAGUCUCGCAGACAGUGGCUUUGUCACUGCGCUGGCCAAAUGCCGCAAAAUUGUUGGCCAUUUUAAGCACAGCCCAGCAAACACAGCAGAGCUGAACGCAGAGCAGGUGUCACUGGGCGCAAGCAGGAGCCGUUGGCCCAGGACGUGCCUCUGGCGCUGGAACUCCACGCUGGAGAUGGUGAAGCGCUUGAUCCGCAAAAACUGCAAGUGGGACAAACUCCAGAGACUGGAGACACUUCUAGAGCCCUGCAGAUAUGUGACUGAACUGCUGGGAGGAGAGGCCUACGUCUCCUGCUCUGUAGUUCUACCAGCCUUCUGCCACCUGCGCCGUGUCAUGGAAGUAACUGAUGAGGACCCUGCAUAUGUGGUGAGGUUUAAAGAGAAGUUUAAGGAAGACCUUGCUUCCCGCCAGGAACAUACCAACUAUGCAUGGCUCCAGAUCGCAACUGCACUGGACCCACGUUUUAAAGACCUACGCAGUGUGCCCAAGACUGACAGAGAAGCAGUGUGGACCACACUGGCAGGCAUGCUGCAUGAAGACUCUCCUAGAAGAUCACACACUGCAGAAGAAGGUCCAGCCAAGAAGAGGCUGAGCCUGCUGCAGAUGGACUCUGACUCUGAGUCAGAGGAGGAGGUACAGCAGGACAGAGCCAUACAGCGCUACAGAGCAGAGCCCUGCACUGCCUUAGAGGACUGUCCCUUACAGUGGUGGGCAGCUCAUGCAGGAGCCCACAGCCAGCUGGCCCGCCUUGCUCGCAGAUACCUGGCCACUCCUGCCUCCACAGUGCCCUGUGAGAGGCUGUUCUCUGUAGCAGGGCACAUUGUGAACAAGAAGAGGUCUGCUCUGCACUCAGAGAACGUGGACAAGUUGGUUUGUCUCAGCAACUGGCUGAAGGAUGAGUAGACCAGAGGACCGUGUGUUUAGAGCUUGUUCUAUGGUUGAAUGUGAUUUAAACAAUACUUUUCACUGUUGUUCAUAUUUUUUGCACUAAUCUACCUUACCCAAAAGGAUGAUUGGAGAUUUUUUCUAUUUUGCCUGUUGAAUUAGGCCUAUGUUCUGUGAACUUGAAGAUGUAUAUGGAUAAAACAAUGUGCUAGAUUUAAACGGGUGGAAAACAUUCAGUAA